AACUGGAGGAGGAGGAGUGAAGGCGGCCACCACGGCGGAAAGAAGGUGGAGGGGGCGGGAUUCCCGGAGGCGCCGGCGGCACCGUGGGGACUCCCUCCCUCCCUCCGACCCCCCUCAGCGUCGGACACAGCUGGACGCCGGAGUGAGGAAGUCUCUGAAUUAGUCAACCUGUCACCACCUCUUAUUGGAGAAAAUAAGAGCCUUUCUCUGGAAGACCCCUGGUCUCAUGAAUGAAUCAACGGAUCUCGGGAAUGCCAGCAUUCUGGAGCCAGUGCUACGGCUCAGGAAGGGACACGUGCCCAAGCCUGCUGGGCAGGAAAACCAUGAGAGUGACCAAUCCAGUGAGCAGGGCCCCCUCUUAGUGGAGUCACCGACAACUUCUGAAAAGGAAAAGAGUUCUGACAAUGAUGGGGGCAAUGGUUCAGCUCCGGAAGAUGAAGGGUUUAUGGGGAUGCUGCCUCUCCUCCAAGCCCACCAUGCCAUGGAGAGGAUGGAAGAGUUUGUAUGUAAGGUGUGGGAGGGCCGAUGGCGUGUCAUCCCCUUUGACGUCUUGCCUGAUUGGCUAAAGGACAAUGACUACUUGUUGCAUGGGCACCGGCCGCCCAUGCCCUCUUUCCGGGCAUGCUUCAAAAGCAUUUUCAGAAUACACACAGAGACUGGCAACAUCUGGACACACCUAUUAGGUUGCGUGUUCUUCCUGUGCCUGGGAAUCUUCUAUAUGUUCCGGCCGAACAUGUCCUUUGUAGCACCUGUGCAGGAGAAGGUGGUGGUUGGAUUGUUCUUCUUGGGAGCCAUCCUCUGCCUCUCCUUCUCGUGGCUCUUCCAUACGGUUUACUGCCAUUCAGAAGGCGUCUCGAGGCUCUUCUCCAAGCUUGACUACUCUGGCAUCGCCCUCCUCAUUAUGGGCAGCUUUGUCCCAUGGCUCUACUACUCCUUCUACUGCAACCCUCAACCCUGUUUCAUCUACUUGAUUGUGAUCUGUGUCCUGGGCAUUGCAGCAAUUAUAGUUUCCCAGUGGGACAGGUUUGCGACCCCUCAGUAUCGAGGAGUACGAGCAGGAGUGUUUCUGGCUCUGGGCCUUAGUGGGGUCAUCCCCACCCUGCACUUUGUCAUCUCGGAAGGGCUCCUCAAGGCUGCCACAAUGGGGCAGAUAGGCUGGCUGGCACUCAUGGCCUGCCUCUAUAUCACUGGCGCCGCACUGUAUGCUGCUCGCAUCCCGGAGAGGUUCUUCCCGGGCAAGUGUGACAUCUGGUUCCACUCCCAUCAGCUGUUUCACAUAUUUGUAGUGGCUGGUGCAUUUGUGCACUUCCAUGGUGUUUCAAACCUUCAGGAGUUCCGUUUCACAGUUGGGGGAGGCUGUUCGGAAGAUGAGAUGCAGUAAAACUGGCCGCGUGUCAAGGAUCGUAACCAAAACAGAACCGUGGGAGUAGCCAAUCCAUACCUUGCCCAGGAUGGUGUGGAAGCUUCGCAGGGAAUCUUAACUUAACGUGGAAGAGAAAUUCAUACCUCAAGCAUUGGAGUGAAUUGAUUCUGAAGACCUGGAAGUUCUUAAAUCCUAACUUAUUCCUGGGAUCUACCGCCUAAGCUACAGAAAGCCCUUUCUUAAUCAGCUUCUGUUCAAUGCCAUAUUUAUUUGUAGAAAACAAGAGGGUUUGUCAUGGGGAGGUGGCUUAGGAUUUUUUUUCCUUUUUUUUUUUUAACAAAAAAAAAUCUAGCUUAAUUAAGAUUUGUAUCUUGUUCAGGUAAGUUGAUUUUUAGAUGCUCUUUUGGGAGAAAAAAAUGUAAAUAAGAUUUCUAACUUUCUGUUUAAUUAAAAAGUUUAUAUAAAUGUUUUAAAAAUCGGGGGAGGGGAGAGGGGGAGGGGUUUUGUAUAGAUUGCAACAUGCAAGUACCACACACUGUUUCAAUUUUGCACGAACUCUUUUAAGUGCAAGAAGGCCAGGCGAAACCCCUGCAGAGUUGGGCAUCCGGGUCCUGCGGAUUCUUCCUAGUGCUGGUGUAUAUUGGACAGCUAGAUCCAGUAGGGCCAGUCUGCACACAAGGCUUGAGAGCAAACAAGCGCUUACAAUGUUGUUCAAGCCCGCGGGUGUUCAACAGGUGAAGGCAGCAGGCCCUGUGCAGCUGAGCUCUGCUGCUUCCUUUGCAGGGUCCGCCUUCCAUGCUCUCUGCCCUUUUGUGGACGGGUUUUUUUAGGAGGUCGUUCUUUCACCAGCCUUUUGCUGUGUUGGCAUUUGAUGGCUUAAGGCACAAUGUGGUAUGUAUCUCGACCUUUUGGAGGUCUCUUUUCAGUGUUUCACUAUUCAGUCGGGCCUGCCAUCCUCUUUAUCCAAGUGCAAUUGUUAGUGUUGGGCACCUGCCCUCUCGGUGACUAUCGAGAAACAAUGGUCUCAAGGGGGCCGGGAGGAACACACAAGAAAGCACCUUUGUGCUUGAGGGAGGAAGACUGGCUGGCUAACUGAUAAUCUAUUCUGGAUUAUUUUCUGUGCUACCGAACUACAGUAGCACUAAGGUUGCCUGUAUUAAAUCCACUGAACUCCACUUGGCUGUAAUGUAACACUGCCGUCCCUUCUGGUAUAUAAGACAAUGCUGUGCAUUAUUUUUAAAAGGGCAGGGAUUGGGGAGAGGUAAACAGCCCACAGAAUAUACUUGGAUGCAACAGCUUUUCCUUCCCUUGUUAAAGUAGUGCUUGGGGCCCAAGGGAAAUUUGCUGGCUCCUUAAACUCUUCCUCAGAUAACUUAACAGUGUGUGACAGCAGUGCAUUUGGAGAAGGAAGACUUUUUACUAAGCAGAAAACUCAAUUGGGUGAGUGAGGAGAAGCAUAAUUCCUUCUUCCUGGUUAGGAUUGGUGGGGUCAUGUUGGGUCUGGAGAGAAACCUUCGGGCAAAAUGUAGAAUUUGUGUUUAGGCAGAGCAUUUCACAGUGAGGGUAGUUACUUUGGCCAAUAGUGAAUUAAAUACAAGUGUCAAGAGUUUUAUGGGAUGGGUAGAUUUGGUCACAUUAAAAAAGAAAUACUUUAUAAUAAAGAGCUUGGUCUUUGCCCCCCCCCCACCCCCAUUUUCCUGGAGUUGAUUCCUUGAACUUUACUCCUUCAAAACAGAAUCUUCGAAGUGUUCAGACCUACAAGAGGUGCUUAACUGGUACUUGUAGGCAACUUCAAAUGUGUGUGUUCUGAGUAGGAUCAUGAUGUUGACUGCAGAAAGGCCAGAAUGUCAGCCUAAUGUGUUUGGGUAACACAGAACAGUAUUAAUUGAACCCCUUUAAUAAAACAGGGAAUUCAGUGAUGAUUGAAAACCUCCCAGUGGCAUAUAUGGCCACCUGGCAGAGGGAUGGCAUAUGGUGAUACAUAUCAGACCUAGAUCUACCUGUCUGAAAAAGCACUUUCGGGGGGUACCGCUGAAUCUGUACCAGCAGAAGCUGCAUCUCCCUGUUCUGGAUCAUCCCAUGCUUACUCCUAGAAUGGGGCAACCUGGUCUGACAGCACAGAACCUGUACAGAAACACAAUACUCCACUUGCUGUUUUUAGCCCUCAUUGGUCUCUGUUUAGGACAUUUUAGGACAUUUUGUGUCCUGAUAAGAUACUGCUUAGCUGUGCACUUUUCCGUGGUGCUUGCUGAGACUUCUUCCCAGGUUGGCACCUGAAUGCCUUACUCUCAGCAAUUGGAGGUUUGCUUGCUUUCUCUUUAUGUGUGUGCAGGUUUUCAGCAUAGUGUAGUUGAAAUUUACAGCUUCUUUUCCCCCAUUAACUAGUGGCCUUGUUCAGUAUUUUCUUUUUAAAAAUUGCUUACUGUUGGAGGCAACAAAGCACAUCUUGGACUUUGGAGAUUGGGGUCUCCGGGCAAUGGGAUCUCAUUACAUGUUGUAUUCUUAACUUCUAAUAAAAACAACAAAA